UUUUGCCAGGAAGCUGAAGCAGUAAUCAACUCACACAGACACGAGCUGCCUCGUCUUUUUGUCCUCCUUCAAGUUUAAUCCUUCAUCAGUAUUAAUGAGGUCUAUUGUUACUGUGUUGCUGCUGCUAACUGUGGCAUGCAGCAGAGCAGACGACAGGAUCGUGGGAGGAUACGCGUGUCAACCUCACUCCCAGCCGUGGCAGAUAUAUGUGACAGACGGUGAUGGUGAACGCUGGUGCGGUGCAGCUUUAAUCAGUGAAAGAUGGGCAGUGUCUGCUGCACACUGUUACCUCACGCCCUCUAAUCUAGCUCUCCACCUUGGGGAACAUCACGUGUUUCAAGACGAGGGCACGGAGCAGAGGAUCUGGGCAGAGAAGGUCAUAACUCAUCCCGACUACAACGAAUCUACAUACGACAACGACUUCAUGCUGAUCAAGCUGAGCCAGCCUGCUGUUUUCAAUCAGUACGUGCAGCCGAUUCCACUGGCCACCACAUGUGCAAAGGAAGGGGAGCAGUGCUUGGUGUCUGGGUGGGGUAAUCAGAUCACCACUGGAGAGAGUUACGCCUCUGUACUGCAGUGCCUGGACUUGCCUGUGGUUCCACGCUCAGCUUGUGAAGCAGCCUAUAAGAACCAGUUCACUCAGAACAUGUUCUGCGCUGGAUUUCUAGAGGGAGGCAAAGACUCAUGCCAGGCUGACUCAGGAGGUCCUCUGGUGUGCGGUGGGAAGCUGCAGGGGGUUGUGUCGUGGGGUGAUGAGUGUGCAGCUCCUGGAUAUCCUGGGGUUUAUACUGAAGUCUGUCGCUAUGUUGACUGGGUCAAGGAUAUCAUGGCUAAUAACUAAGCGUUUCGUUUCGCAGAUCGAAUGAGUGUAUUUCAAAAACAACAAAUCAGACAAAUCAAACUGUGUUUCACAUCCGGUCUGACUCUCAUUCAUUAAAAUGUACUGAUAACACAAAA